ACCACUCAAGUUAAAUCUCGAUUAGAGCAAAGAUUAAUUAUGCUUUUCAUUACUUUUUGAAUGCUGAAAUUUUUUAAAAUAAAUCAGAUUUCGGUAAAAAUUUUAACAUGGUUUGGCAUUUGUACAGAAUUUGUGUAUUUGUGCUAUUAGUGCAGCUCUCGUCUAUCGUCUUCUUCAAUUAUUGUCUUCUCUUGUGUUUUUUUCUUUGAUUGCGCCAGCGCCGCGUUGAGCUGGUGAGUGGGAGGUACUAGAUGAAAAGAGCGGAGGAGGAGGAGGAGAUACAGUGUGUAAGAAGUCUACGCCGAGGAUCGCGUGCACCAUUCCCUGUCCGCCCGCAGACAGAGUGGAGGGUUUGCGUCAGGGGCAUAUCUGCCUUUUCCUUUUUCUUUAUUUGACAGCAUGUGGUGCGAUAAAAACAGUUGUCUUAGUUUAACGUGUUUGGGAGAGUAUAUUUAAGGUAGUACGAGGAUGCGUUAGCUUCAUCAUGGAUCUACAUCUUGCUUUCUUCCAAAUGUUAGUAUCCCGAGGUCAGGCAGUUCUAAUUCUCUUGUCUGGGUACUCUUUACUAAGACCUCACUGAUCCAUCGUGUUCAGGUUUGACAUAUUUGGAAGCAUGAUUUCAAACAGAUCAUGCCACAGCAUCAGCAGCAACAUCACCCUCAUUGUGAGCAAGGAUGGCAAUCCAUCAACCAGCAUUUCCAUGUUUUUGGCUGGCGUCAUAGGAAAUCUGCUGGCUCUGUUCAUACUCGUGGUCCAUCAGAAGAAACAACGGUCCCAGUCUUCUGUCUUUUGUAUUCUGGUCACCGGAUUGGCCCUCACAGAUCUGUUGGGAACUUGUCUCCUCAGCCCACCUGUGUUCAUUUGUUACGCCCGCAACAUGUCACUCAUUGGCCUGGGAGAGGAAAGACUCUGUAACCUUUUUGGUUUUGCCAUGAGUUUCUUUGGACUGGCACCCACCCUCAUCUUGUGUGCCAUGGCUGUGGAGCGCUGCCUUGCCAUAAGUCACCCGUACUUUUACUCUGUCCACAUACGGCGCAGGUUUGCCAAAUGUGUGCUUUUAUUUAUAUACCUGUUCUCCUUUUCUUUCUGUUUGUUGCCAUACACUGGUUUGGGUAAAUUUCGACAGUACUGCCCCGGAACAUGGUGCUUUAUUGACAUGGACGCAACAGAGGAAAACAGCUUAGUUCUGGUGUUUUCUCUGUCCUAUUCCUCUCUCAUGGCACUGCUGAUUAUAGCUGUGUUUUUGUGCAACGGAUCUGUAAUUGUGAGCCUGUGUAAGAUGCACAGAAAUCACGCAAAGAGACGAGGCUCUGUGGUGUCAACGGGAAGGCGAAGGAGGAUGAGCCUGGCCUGGUUCGGACAGGGGGAAGAAGAGAUGGAUCACCUGGUUCUCCUUGCUCUCAUCACUCUCAUCUUUGCUGUCUGCUCUUUGCCACUGACUAUUGCAGGCUUCAUCAAUGCUGUCAACCCAUUUCCUGAUGACAAGGAGAACUUGAGAGCCUUCCGGUUUUACGCUAUCAACCCCAUCGUGGACCCUUGGAUUUUCAUCAUCUGUCGAAAAUCUGUGUUUCGGCACCUGUGCUCUUUGCUGAGCUGUCGUUUUAGUAAAGGUGCAGUGAAGACUACAGCUCACUGUGCACUCUCAUUACCUCUGGAGGUCCAUCACAUCCAGCGUAGUCCUGCGGAGGUAUCUACAGCGAAUGUGUACUCCAGUUUACCACUCUACCCCACACAGACUGCAGGCCCAAGCUGCCCCGCCUCACACCCUUGAUAUGUGGACAUGGGACAGUACAUGUAUAUAGACUCCUCACACAACCAAAGGCACAAUGGUUAUCUUCUCUGUAAUGUACCAGUGGAUUGUAGAAAAUGAUUGCACUUGAUAUUCUACUUGUGAUGAGACAGCAAAACUUAACUAUGAUGCCAGAAGAAUCUGCUCUAAAAGUACCUGUGAAUGUGUUAUUUAAAUAUGCUGUAAAUGCAUUGAGCUAAUAUGCAUGAACACGUGGGAUUUCCUUGUCCUUUUUAUUUUCAAUAUGAGACAUAUAUUAAUAUAUAUUAUUUGGAUGUGUUCAGGAAAUAUUCAAAGUAAUUUAUCGCUAUGACAAAUGUUGAUGUGCAUGAAGUAAAUAAGUGAUGUUACUUUACCUUUAGAGUUAUUUCUGUACUUAUGCCUUUUCAGCAUGUUUUUGCCACUAGUGCCACUAAACUGGCCUUGCAAUGUUAAAAUCAAAUGUCAUGAUAGUUGAUAGUAAUUUUCAUAAACUCAAAUAUCAAAAAUAGUGUCAAUGUUGUCAAAGCUCUGAGAUGUCUGUGAAUGCUCUUGCUUAAAUAAUGCUGCUGCAAAAUGCACUGUGAUAAAUUCUGUCACUUUAACUUAAUUACAUGUGUUUAAAUGUGCCCGAGAUGUGCCUAUUGUGUUUUUGGAAGAAUUUUGAUUAGUGUAUAAACGACUUGCUUUACAUCUUA